AUGAUCGCCGGGCGGCUCGGCGAGCCCCCCCGCUCGCUGCGAGGGGAGAUGAGCGAUGCGGAGCGGCGGGCCGAGGAGAGGCCGGACACGCCGGACAGCGAGCUGAGCGAGCCGGCAGCGCCGCCACCGCCGCCACCCGAGGCCAGCGACGGGGAGGACGAGCCCCGCAAGCCCUAUGGAACGCAUGGAAGCUCAUCUCAGCGUGAUGAAUCCAGCAGCCCCUCAGAGCAGAGCAAACUCAGUCAGUCGUACCCUACAUACCCCGUAGGACCACAGCAUUUGUUGGCGGCCCAGCAACUGGCGUCGGCUGUGGCGGGGGUGAUGCCAGGGGGGCCCCCGGGGCUCAACCAGCCCGUCCUCAUCCCGUUCAACAUGGCCGGGCAACUGAGCGGCCAGCAGGGCCUGCUCCUCACCAUGCCCACAGCAAACCUCGCCAACAUCCAGGGACUGGUAGCGGCGGCGGCAGCAGGCGGAAUCAUGACCCUGCCACUACAGAACCUUCAAGCUACCUCAUCCCUGAACUCCCGCCUCCAGCACCUGCAGAAGCUCCAGCAGCUGCAGCACCAACAGCAACACCAACAGCAGCAACAGCAGCGGCAACAGCAGCAACAGCAUCUGCAGCAGCAGCAGAGGCAGCAGCAGCAGCAGCAGCAGUACGUGGGGCAAACCCUCUCCCAGCCCUCAAACCAGCAGCCAUCCCAGCAUCAGCGGGCCUCACCCAGUCAGCAGCACUCUCCUUCAUCGUUCUCCCCCUUACCCACAUCCCAAGGCCCCCAAAGUUCGCCGCCUCCCACACAGAGCCACUCACCACCUCGGAACCUGCCCUCGCCCCUCACCCCGCCCACGCCCCUCCAGCUGAACUCCCGAGCCAAUCAGGCAGCAGCCCUCGGCUCCAUGGGUGGUUCCCAAGCUUUCAGCAACACCUUGCCAGGCCUGCAAGGGGUCAGCGGACAGCUGGUCACCAAUGCGCAGGGACAGAUUAUCGGAACCAUCCCACUGAUGUCCAACUCUGCCGGGUCCCCCAGCCAAUCAGGGGGCGCCACCCCGGGCCUACCGGUUCAGCCAAUCACACCUCAGCUCUUGACCAACGCCCAAGGCCAGGUUAUCGCCACUGUCAUCGGCAACCAGAUCCUGCCCGUCAUCAACACCCAGGGAAUCACGCUGUCACCAGUGAAACCAGGACAGCAGCUGCCUCAGGUCCCCCAGGGGCAGGUGGGGCCAAUGUCCGUCCAGGCUGGCCUCCUUCACCAAUCACACAGCCAGGCCUCGCUUUCCCAGAGUCCUGUGCGGCAGACCUCCUCCUCCUCCAGCUCCCCCCCUUCCUCGGCCCUCAGCGUGGGGCAGCUGAUCAACAACCCCCAGACGACCCCCAGCGAGGUGGACGGGGUCAACCUCGAGGAGAUCCGCGAGUUCGCCAAAGCGUUCAAGAUCCGCCGCCUGUCCCUGGGGCUGACGCAGACUCAGGUGGGCCAGGCCCUCAGUGCUGCAGAGGGCCCCGCCUACAGCCAGUCUGCCAUCUGCAGACACACCAUCCUGCGAAGCCACUUUUUCCUCCCGCAGGAAGCCCAGGAGAGCGCUGUAGCUAGCGGGCUGAGUGCCAAACUGAACCCUGGCCUUUUAUACCCCGCCAGGUUCGAGAAGUUGGACAUCACCCCAAAAAGCGCCCAGAAGAUUAAGCCCGUUCUGGAGUGUUGGAUGGCCGAGGCCGAGGCCCGGCACCGAGCCGGGGUUCAGAACCUGUCCGAGUUUAUUGGCAGCGAGCCCUCCAAAAAGCGCAAGCGGCGGACCUCGUUCACCCCGCAGGCACUGGAGAUCCUCAACACCCACUUCGAGAAGAACACGCACCCCUCCGGGCAGGAGAUGACGGAGAUCGCCGAGAGGCUGAACUACGACCGGGAGGUCGUGCGCGUCUGGUUCUGCAACAAGCGGCAGGCGCUGAAGAACACAAUAAAGCGGUUGAAACCGGCCGAGCUCGACCCGGCCCCCUCGAUGGACGCGCUCGCGGAUGACCUCCUGAACCCGCUGGAGAAACACCCCUGAGGACGGGAUUUUUAAAAAAAAAAUCGAAAUAACGACAAAACAACAAACCGCAAACACCAAAUCUCAAACUCUCUGAUUGAUUCCAGCUCAAAGCGAAAGCCAGGUGCUCGAGUGUCAAGCCUGAGAAUCAUUUUGUGGUCAGCGGGGGUCACCACCGGACAAAUUCUGUCUAACGCUUCUCAAGAUCAGUCAA